CUCCCCACUACAACACUUGUUGAUCCUCAGCCUAUAUACGCUUUUUUUGAUGACGAGCAAGACAUGAUCACGAUUGAGCCUCAUCAUGUCCACUUUACCCGCUUCCCUAGCGAUAAUCGCUGUCAUAGCUAGCAGCCUCCUCAGACCCACGGGCCGAGCGACGAUACUGGAAGACGUCAAGGCCAACAUCAAGACCUUCUCGCCCUAUCAAUCUGCAGUCAUUGUCACUUCUCAAACCAUCGAAUUGAUCACCUGGAGACUGACCAAUAUCGCCGAAAUACAUGCCAGUCUUUGGGCCCUCGCUGGCGUGCACUUUUUCAUUCCAGAGACCAGAUCUAUGCCAGCUGAACUAAGUCAUGGAUUGCUGGUCACCUCUGCUCGUCGCAUAUUCCUUGCCGGAAUCGCUCUACCCUCUCAAGUGCUAUUACUCUGGUCGUCCUGCCACUGGGCUAUCAAAUGGUCCAUGGGUUUUCUGCUUGCAGAAGCAGCAAUGGUUGAAGUGUCAACCUGGUUUUUGACCGUGUCAUGCGCCGGUGUCGUGUUACGGUCAGACUGGCCACGACGCCCAAUCUUUAGUAAACAGCUUUUUGUUUCCGGUCCAUGUCCAGGAAAUCACGUCCAAAAGUCCAACGGAACAGCCAGCCUCGACAACAGCAAAGACAAUGAUUUUGAACAUUGUCACGCUACCGCGGGUGACAAUCUAUGUGAUCGUGUGCAGCGUAUCUGGGGACCAGAUACGCGCGCAGAUAAAGAACUCCCCGUGGGACGGCAUCCUUUGGAGAAUAUUCCAAACAUAGCCCCCGUUGUAGCUUCAACGGGUCCCGUGUUGGUCCCCUGGACAUGUGGACAUGGGCGUUGCCUUCUCUACAUGCUCUCGCGAGUCCUCGUCCGAGCUUGCCUUUACUCUGUGGUGGUGUUUGAUUUUGGCGCGGCAGCCUGGCUCUUGCAUGGUAACACCCAUGCCGUUCUGAUACGCAUAUCUCGAUUUCUGUUGGCUCGGAGACUCCUGAACGACCUGCUCACACUCGCAUUCCUGUGCGCAGUUCUGAUUUUUGUGGCUAUCCCGACAUAUCUCAUCUUGGUGGUGUUUUUGCCAUGGAUAUUUCGUAAAUCAGUCUGCCUGCAGCCGGCGAGGAACAGGAUUAUCAGAUUCUUUCAUGGCACUCCUUCCUGGCUUAAAGUUGUUGGUCGCUAUAUACUGUUCUGCCUAUCGAUCUUCAUUGCAUGGAACAUUACUCGCAUUUUGAUGCAGCGCGACCCGAUCCUGACUGAUUCGAUACUCUCAUACUCCAUCGAGCUCGGGCUGGUACCUAAAGUGGCGCUGUUCAUAUCCCGACGCUGCCUUACUCUACCCAAUUCUGGUGCGCAGAGGUCUGAUGUGACUCGGUACCCAAGUGACCCUAAGCUUGCGACAAAUGAUCUGCCACCGAUGGCCAGACUAAACGAGGGUGCUCAUUACGAUGAAGACAAGACCAAUGAGAAGGCCAGGAAGGAGCGGCUAUUAGCGUCCUAUGCUAAAUUCCGCUUGACAGUACUUCUACCAAAUGGCGCUUUCUGGAUUCUCCGUCAAUGGGACAUGAACGCCCUCCUGGGAUACCUUGACAAGUGAGGUACGCCCAUAUUCUAUGGCUAGGUCAGACAAUAACAUCGCAGGUGUCAAGUGAGAUUUAUGAUCUCGAGUGUUCACACUGCGAUAGCUUUCUCCUAUCCGCUGCAUGGGUCUCCAAGCAUUCGCAUCCGGCUGUGCUGUUCUCCGUUGGUGAAGACUAGCAAAAGUCCAGGCAACCGUUUUCUGCAGGCUUUUUCGUGGUCUAUUGAUCGCCGUCGGCCCGGUAUACCCGCGCUGUCGGUAGCGGGCCGAUGGAAAGCCACGACUGUAAGGAAUAGUAAGACAUACACUUGCGGGCGGUACCUUUGUCAUCAAUGUUUCAGCUGCAGAGUAUUAUUCCAAGGUUGAAUAUGGAUGUGGGGCACGGAAUGGACAUAUGACCAGUCACUUUACUCGGGGUCUAUUGAAGACGUGGGUAGUGGGUGGUUUGAGAAAUAUCAUUAUACGUCCCAACGCCGGGACCAUGAGAUAUUGGAUAAAUACAUCCGUAACGGAGGAAACGUGUCUAAAAGGGGCAUCCUUUCCCAACCUAGCGUCCAGAACCUCGCAUGAAACAAUUCGAGAGAGCAUGAGACCCAAGACCCAAAGACCCCAUGACCAAAAGAGAACCAAAAAGUAGACAUAGAGAAUAGAGACACAGAGAAAACGCCAAGCCAAGCCAGCCCAUGAAGCGGUAAGAUGCAAUGAAUAAAGAGUGUAGAGAGAAUAACAUUGCAUGCCCGGAUUGUAGGGCACGAAUGACGGAAAGGAGGCGUGUUCGGCGGAGAACGAAGGGUAUUGUCACAGAAGAUGCGUAUCAACUAGGAAAUGCUUUUUGCCAAGAAGCGGGAAAUAAACGAGGCAAAUCAGAUUGGUGGACACACCAGUCACGACAGAAAUCGAGGCCUGCUCGAGUCUAUGCGUGAGGCCGACCGAUGCGGCUCCCCAUAUAGGAGCCAGUAGCUGAAGCCAGGAACCGCGCGACAAAACCACCGCCGUGACCGUGGCUGGAGACUUUCAUCUUCUUGCUGGGCUGACGGGCGGGUUCGUAAUGCUGCUUCGAGUCGACAUUGACAUAGCUAUAUGUCAAAGAAGAGACGGACGGGCUGGAGUUGGUGUCAGCUACCAGCAUCACAUCAUCGGUGCCGUGAGAAGAGCAAGUGCUGAUGCUGGCAGGAGUACCCCGGGAGCUUGGAGCAGCACUGGAUGAGCGAGAGCAAAGCGAGUUGAAAGUCUCCGCGUGGGAGAGACCGGGGACAUCCCGGAUAGAAGGCGGCGAGAUAGACCGGCCAGGUCGGUGGGGAGAUGUGCGUUGACGGUGGUAGGGAGUGUACCGUUCGAGUU